AUGGAGCUGGAUGACACGGCCGCAUUCAGGUGGGUGUGGGCGAUGACGGGAGUGGGGCGGCUGUCCAGUGGCCGUCCCGCGUGGCUGCCUCUGGGGCGCAGGAACUCGUCAAAGUGGGGUGACGUGGAGUUCCCGCUGCCCUUCGGCCGCACGCUCACCGCCGCGGAGCAGUUUGUGACGUCGCUCGACGAGGCCACGGGCGCGAGCCUCAAGUUCACAGUGCUCAAUCCCAAGGGCCGCGUGUGGCUGAUGGUGGCGGGCGGCGGCGCGUCCGUUAUAUACGCGGACACAGUGGGGGACCUCGGGUUCGCGCAGGUGUGUGCAUGUGACGGCCACAUGUGA